CUACCUCAUCGCUAAUCCACCUGCGACACCCAAUUUUAUUUUUCACAAUUUAAAAAUACAAAAAAAAGAAAUUGUAAAAAAAAAAAAACCUGGUUUCCCUCUAAUUCCUCACCUCCUUUCAAUUCAAACCUAUCCAACGAAAUCCCAACAAAAAAAAAAAAAAAAACUCCAAACCCGCUCUGAGCUCCUCCGUCGCCGCCUUCCUCCCAGCGGCCGGCCGCCAUGAACGACCGUGCCAAUCACAAUGAGACCGUUGUCCCCAUCCUUGAUCUCGACGAUCUCAGCGUGAUCUCUCCGGUCGGCCGUGGGGCAAAAGGCGUCGCAUUUCUAGUAAGGAAUCAUCCUUUCGGCGAGUCAUGGGCUCUCAAAGUCAUCCUCCGUGAUUUCGUAAAGAGCAAGAACCCCGCUGUCACCAACGCCAAGGAUGGGAGCGAAUACAAGCGGAUCUGGUUGGAGCAACGGGUCCUCAGCCGCUUCAAGCACCCCCUUCUUCCUCGCCUCCAUGGCAUUCUAAGCACCGACAAGAUUAUUGCGUACGCCAUUGAUUAUUGCCCAGGCCGCGACCUUAACCAGCUGCGCAAGAAACAGACAGAGAAUAUGUUCUCCCAAGCCAUUAUCAGAUUUUAUGCGGCAGAAUUGGUUUUGGCAUUGGAAUACCUCCACAACUCCGGCAUUGCCUACAGGGACUUGAAGCCGGAGAACAUUUUGAUUCAAGAGAACGGCCACAUUAUGCUCGUCGACUUCGACCUCUCGACCGAGCUCCCUCCUCCUCCAACUCCUCGUAAAUCUAAGACGACGAAGCUCCCCGCCACUGCGGCGAGGUCCAACUCCGCCCGACGGAAACGAGCAUUGAGUUUACAGCUCUUCUACAAGUGCUCUUCGGGGGUUAUGUCGGAGCAAUUUAGCGACUCCGGAAACCGGCGUCUCCCGUCGGAGUGUCAUCAGCACUCAAUGUCGACGGUAGGGAAAUCGAAUUCGUUCGUCGGGACGGAGGAAUACGUGGCGCCGGAGGUCAUCCAAGGGUACGGCCACGAUUUUGCGGUGGAUUGGUGGUCUCUAGGGGUGGUGAUGUAUGAGAUGCUGCACGGACGAACUCCGUUCCGGGGGGCAAACCGGAAGGACACGUUCUACCGAAUCUUGACCCAGCCGCCGGAGCUUGCCGGGGAACCAAAUCCGAUGAGGGACUUGAUCGGGAAGCUUUUGGUGAAGGAUCCGAGGGAGAGGAUCACGGUGGAGGGAAUCAAGAGCCACGGGUUCUUCAAAGGGCUGGAUUGGGAUUCAGUGGUGGAAGUAUCGCGGCCUCCGUACAUACCGCCGGGCGACAAGAAGGAGGGCAAUUUUUUUAAUAGGAGCAUCGACGUGGAGUCUUUUGUCGAGAGAGUAUUUAGCGUCAAUGGCGGCGGAGAAAUGCAGAAGGAGGAAUUGAUUAAAGUAGGUGACGGCAGCGGCGAGCAAGAAAAGAAUCGCGGAGGAGAAGUAGAAGAAGGAGAAAAUAAAAGGGAAAACCCACCUCCACGUGAUGAUGCUCAGAAUUUUGUUGUUUUCUGAUAUUUCUCAGAUGUCUAAAAAAAUUUCAUAGUACAUAUCAAUGAAUUAUUAUUAUUAUUAUAUUUUUUGUUGACGCUUGGAGAACUUUUCUCUCUCUUUGUUUCUUUCUUGACGUGUUUGAUGUUUCUUGUUUUUUUUUUUUUGGCAAAUGACAAUUAUUACCAACGAGGCCUCCUCAAGUACUGUUAGUAAUAAGCGU